AUGGCGCAAAACGGUAGCAUAAGAGGUAGACGGCAGCCGAACAUACUGGUGAUAGGAACACCCGGGACGAGCAAGACAAAGACGUCGUCUGCUCUGGUAGAGGCCACCCAGCUCCGCCACAUAUGCAUCGGAGAUUUGGUGAGGGAGAAGAACCUGCAUGAUGGCUGGGAUAGCGAAUUCGAGUCCCACCUCAUCAACGUAGACCUCGUACUUCCCCAAGUUGAGGAUUUGAUGGAAGGAGGAGGGAACAUAGUGGACUACCAUGGUUGUGAUUUCUUUCCCAAGCGAUGGUUUGAUCGAGUUGUUUUGCUUCAAACUGACAACUCGGUGUUGUAUGAUCGCUUGAGUAGGAGCGGUUACACAGGGUCGAAGCUUACAAACAAUAUUAAGUGUGAAAUCUUUCAAGUUCUGCUUCAGGAGGCAGAAGAAAGCUAUCCAGAGGACAUCGUGGUGGCAUUGAAGAGCGAUACCAUUGAAGACAUUACCAGAAAUGUUUAG